AUGUCAACCCACGAUACACCCGACGAAAAAUUAGAAGAAGUUUCAUCACACCGCCAGUCAACUCCGAAGAAAUCGAACAGACCUUGGAGAAUCGAUAUGGCAGAAGCAGUCGAUAGAGCCACUGUGAUUCGAGACUUGAUCGUAAGAGAGGUCAACGAAGUAGUCAGCUACGCACACAAAUUACUCGCAGGGCCAGCGAGAGACGUAGAAACACUGCAGGCGACUCUGGAUUUCAUGACAGAUCAUCUCAAGAAACUGGACGAGAGCAACGAGAAAGUCUGGCUCACGAUCUCAGAUAUGAAAAAACUCACCGAAGAUCGAGCCGCCCAAAACACAUUGGCACUCCAGACUAGAAUCGUCAAAUGCAAGCUGAAGCGAGCGAUCGCUGAGGUGGAUACACGACGGACGGUCGAGAACAACAAUCCGGAGGCGCAACACCAGCCAAGAUGUCAGGAGACAUUAAAGAACGCACGAACGCUAGAACCAUUGAAAAUGGAUCGUUUCGACGGAAAAUUGGAAAAUUGGCUCCCAUGGUGGUCUCGCUUCACUGAGCGAAUCCACAAUGACGCCAAACUCAGCGAUAGGACGCGAUACGAUUACCUCCUUCAAUAUUUGUCGAAAGAGGUUAGGGAAAGGCUCAAGACGAUUCCGAUAGACGAGGAGUUUUACAAGGCCGCGGUCGACCGAUUGAAGGCAGACUUCGGCAAUACGGAGAAGCUACGGAACUUCUACACUCAGCAACUGAUGAGUAUCAAGCCUAUCGUCUCUCGAUACGAUGUCAAUAGUAUUCGAGAGCUCAUCCAGGUCGUACGAAUGAGCAUGAUAGCCCUAGCCAAGAUAGGAAUGCCACAGGAAGCUAUCGCCCCUUUCGUUUUUCCCAGGAUCAAAGAGAGCCUACCAAUCGAAAUAUACCUUGAGUUCAAAGCAGCGUCGCGCGCCGACAGAUCCGAAAACGAAACUGCAUCGUCAAUAUCGACGAUGGCAAGCUGCGAAUUAUUGGACCGUCUCCUGGACUUCAUGGAGAAGUUCGUUACCGACCUCGAGGACAUUGAGGAGCGAAAGCUUCAACAAGCACAAAAUGCCAACAGCAGGAAGCUAGCUCUAGUACCGACAUCGGUCGCCUUGAAGACAGAAGUCAAACCGCUACUAGUAAAGAGGACCGAUUCAUCUCGGACGAGAUUCAAGGCUGACACUGAAAACCCGACACCACAGACGUGUUUUUUCUGUAAAUCGAACGAACACCGAACUCAAUCGUGUUCAGACGAUUCGACCAGUACCCAACAGAAGCGAGAAAGCCUCAUCAAAGACAACAGAUGUUGCAAAUGCUCUAAGAAGGGACAUCGCGCCGCAACGUGCCGGAGCAUUCCUCUCUGCACCAAGUGCAAUCGAAGGGGUCAUAUGACACCUUUGUGUAGCCCGAUGACCGCAUUUACGGCGCACUGCAGCAACGAAGAAAAAAGUUCCGAGUCUCAUUCAUGCAAGGAUUACCGAGAAUCCAGCGAAUACUACAUAACGGUGACAGCAGUCGCCAUCGGACCCACCGGCAAACGACGACGAGUGCGUAUACUUUUCGACUCAGCUUCACAAAGAUCCUUUAUCCGAAACAAAGUCAUCGAACAGCUCGGGUUCAGCAUGAAAUCACUCGACAAGAUCCCAGUCUCACUCAAGAUGUUGAAUCAAGCCACAGUUCUGACGGAAACAGCCCUAGUAGAUUUGAGACUGCAGAAUAACGAGGGACAUACCACCGAAUGGUUCAAAUUCUACACCUUAGACCGGAUCUGUAGCGAUCAGGUCCAGCCCGAAGUAGAUCAACGUCUGAUGAGACAACUCGCCGGAUUAGGCAUAAACUUAUCGGAUGACCACGAUCCCAAAUCUCCGAUAGACAUCUUGGUAGGGGCAGACCAACUGGUCAGUGUGCAAACUCAUAACGCACAUAGGCUUCAGAAGACUUUGGAGGUUGUCGAAACCGCAUUCGGAUGGGCCUUGUUCGGAUCAAGGAAACAUUCGCAAAUAAGGGAGUUCACAGCAAAUCAUGUACAAAUUUCGUGUCUACAGUGUGCGAUUCCGCGAAUGGUGCCCAUGAAUGCAGAAAAGCAGCUCGAUCAGCAAUUCCGCAGAUACGUAGAAGCAGAGGCAAUGGCUAUCGAAGAGGAGCCUCGGAACAGCGAUGACCAGUUCAUCGAAGAGUUCAUGGAGAAGCGGGAAACCAAGGAAAUCUUCGCCCAUGGGUCGUUCAACCUGCGGAAGUGGAUGUCGAACUCGCCGGUCCUAAUGGCCGUCUUCAGAGAGAAUGGAGACGGCGUCGAAAAGUUCGACGUAGCAGACUGGUAUAAUGUACUGGGCAUGCAGUACAAUCCGGGAACUGACUCCAUGAAGCUCAAGGUGCCGGCCCAAGGCGCGAUACCCGAGAUCGUCACGAAAAGAUCUGUGUUAAGUGCCAUCGCUUCAAUCUUCGAUCGCAUGGGCAUCGCAGCUCCACUCUUGGUACAUGCGAAGCUGCUGAUGCAAAAGAUGUGGUCUUUAAAUCUGGCUUGGGAUGAUCCAGUGCCGCAGGAGGUCGAGAGAGACUUCAAAACAUGGUCUAAGGAACUGAAAUACCUGGAUUCCAUUGUAAUCCCACGAAGCUACUGGCAACAUGACACUCAGGACUCGAGAGUUUUGCACGUAUUCUCUGAUGCGUCUCGAUAUGCAUAUGGUUUCUGUGCAUAUAUUGUUUCGAGAUCGGCUCAGGGUUGUACGAGCUCAUUCCUUCUCGCCAAGUCCAGAGUGGCACCACUGAAAAACGCAACGAUCCCGCGACUCGAACUCAUGGCAAUGACUCUGGCGGCCGAGGCUAUCGACUAUAUUCGAACGCACUGCGGUAUCGCGUUCGACGAACAACACGUAUGGACCGACAACUCGGGAGUAUACUUCCAAGUCACUUCGGAGCAACCAGAGAAACUGGCAACAUUUGCACGAAAUCGUGUUCUCAAGAUUAAGCGUCUCACCAACGGCACUGAGAUUCAUCAUGUCCCCGGAGAGCUAAAUCCAGCUGAUUUGGUGAGCCGCGGCUGCACGUUCAAGGAGUUCAGCGAGAGCAUCUGGCUAACAGGGCCAAAGUUCAUCACGGAACCAGCGCAUAACUGGCCAAGGCUCGCGAAACAAAAACAUCUAGUCAUCGACGCUCAUAUGGUCGGAAUCGAAGAGACACCGUUCAAAAGCUUCAUUGUCACAAGACCAGAACCACCGAUACAGGUCAGCGUCAAUUUAAUCGACAAACCAACAGCCGAGCGUCCUCCAGCGGUAAUUCUGCGAUUCGACACGUGCAGUCGAUGGUCGAUCUAUCUCCGAGCAAUAGUCCGAUUUCGGAGGGCGAUCGAUCAUUGGAGACAUCGAAUCACGAAACGCGAAUUGACAAUGCCAAUACUCCAAGCGGAACUCACGCGUGCUGAGGAGUUUAUCGUCUCGCAAGUACAAGCAGAAUGCUAUGGCAAUGAAUACCGAUGCCUCCUCACAGAUUCCGGCCUACCGAGAAAGUCAACAUUGAGAGUGUUCAACCCAUUUCUCAAGGACAAUCUCAUCGCCCUCGGGGGAAGAUUGGGAGAUCAUUUAGGUGAUCUUCCCAAGAACCCUAUAAUUCUCCCACCCAAACAUCCGGUUACGAAGAUGAUCCUCAGGUACAUCCACGAGCGCAGUUGUCACGCUGGCCCUCGACUAGUCCUCAUGACGGCUCGCCAGAAGUAUUGGGUCCCGCAGGGCAGACGACUAAUCCAGAAUUUGAUCCACGGCUGCAAGAACUGUAGAGUAUUCCAUGCAAAACCCGUAUCAACGCCCAUGGGACCGCCGCCCGACGUCCGAGUGACGAAAUCCCACCCGUUUGAACACGUCGGAACAGACGUGAUCGGCCCUUUGUUCAUCAACGAAGCAAAGGAACAGAAGAAGAUAUGGAUAAUCAUCUUUACCUGCUGUGCUAUGCGGGCCAUACAUCUAGAAAUAUUGAACUCACUAUCAACAACCGAGUUCAUGAUGAGCCUUCGCCGCUUCAAGGCACGUCGUGGCUGCCCUAGAACCUUCUACUCGGACAACGCCAAAGCGUUCAAACGAGCAGCGGAAGAUCUCAAGGUCUUGGGAGAAAUCAUGCAGGGAACGACGGUCCGGGAAGCACUCGCCAGAGACGGAAUCGAGUGGAAAUUCUCAAUUGAAAAAUCUCCAUGGCAGAUGGGAUUUACGGAGCGCCUUGUCGGGAGCGUCAAGUCAGCACUCAGGAGGGUACUCGGGAAGGCGGUGGUCAACGCACAGGAGAUGGCAACCGUGCUGUGCGAAGUCGAGCUAAUGGUGAACAAGCGACCACUCUGCGAGGUGCCAGACGCUGAGCAUAUCGAUGUGUUAACGCCAUUGCAUUUUCUGGUUAUCCGCACCGAAGACCCCACCCAGGACUCGGCUGUCCCCGCUAAACUCAAGUCGAGCGAUGUAUUAAAGCGAUGGAGACACAAGAAGACGAUUGUCGAGUCCUUGUGGAAACGUUGGGAACACGAGUAUUUGUUGCUCCUCCGCAAUUUCCAUGAGACUUCUCCUCGCGAUUUACAAACGCUCAAGGUUGGACAGGUUGUCAUUAUAAAGGAUACCCAGACGCCAAAACUAUGUUGGAAGAUUGGGCGAGUAGAGAAGUUGAAUAUCAGUAGGGAUAACAUUGUCAGAUCAUGUAUGUUGAGGAGGGGGAACGGUAAAAAUCUACAGAGACCGUUAUCGCUUUUAUACCCUCUGGAAAUCGAAUAA